ACAAAAACCCCGCCCCGCCCACUCCUGCAAAACAGGCACACUGCCCACCAUGAUACAGGUGUGCAAAAUGGUAGAAUUCCCACAGUGGGGAGUUUUGUGAUAUCUACCAAAUUAUCCAUUCAGCUGCCUCUUGACCCAGCAGUUCUAUUUCUGGGAAUUUACAACCAUGCAAUGGUAUUGAGAGCACCAUUGUUUACAAUGGAAGACUGGAAACCCAUUGUUCAUCAGUGGGAGUGUGAGUAGAUAAAACUUGGUCCGCCCACAUAGUGGAAUAGAAUGCAUCCAUUUAAAAAAUGGGGAAGCUUUCCAGGUACGAGAUAAUUCCAGUCUCCAGAAUGUUUUUAAGUGAAAAAAAAAAAAAAAAAAAGUGAAAUUCUAGGGCACCCGUGUUCCCCCGGAGAGUGCCGCAGUCACUGUGGCAGAGGCCAGCCUCUCAGGAGGCCUCAGCGUGGGGAGGUGGGAAGAGGACACUCAGACCACUCCGGGACUUGAGACCUGCAGAGACUCUGGCCACGCGGCGUAGGCUGCUGGGGGCUCGAAUCUGCCGACGCCAAACUUCCCACCACUUUCCAGCCUGGUCAAGAGCCAACUCCUCUCUUUGUGAAGGAGCAAAUUAUCCCAAGUGAGUCCCUGCAGCCUGAUCGCUAAACCCCAGCCCUCUCAGUGUCCCCCACCCUGGACCUCAGCCAUGAAGCCCCAUCCUGGGCCAGAGGAGGCCCGGCGGCCAGCUUCGGACAUCCGCGUGUUCGCCAGCAGCUGCACGAUGCAUGGGCUGGGCCACGUCUUCGGCCCUGGGGGCCUGACGCCUCGCCGAGGGCUCUGGGCCGCAGCCGUGCUCCUGUCGCUGGCCGCCUUCCUCUACCAGGUGGCUGAGAGGGUGCGCUACUACGGGGAGUUCCACCAUGAGACAGCCCUGGACGAGCGCGAAAGCCACCGGCUCACCUUCCCCGCCAUCACCCUGUGCAACAUCAACCCACUGCGCCGCUCGCGCCUCACGCCCAACGACCUGCACUGGGCCGGGCCCGCGCUGCUGGGUGUGGAGCCCGCUGAGCAUGCCGCCUUCCUGCGCGCCCUGGGCCGGCCCCCCGCGCCCCCCGGCUUCAUGCCCAGUCCCACCUUCGACAUGGCUCGACUGUACGCCAGGGCCGGGCACGCCCUGGAGGAAAUGCUGCUGGAUUGCCGCUACAGAGGCUGGCCGUGCGGUCCCGAGAACUUCACCGUGAUCUUCACCCGGAUGGGUCAGUGCUACACCUUUAACUCCGGCGCGGAUGGGGCAGAACUGCUCACCACUCCCAAGGGCGGCAUGGGCAACGGGCUGGAAAUCAUGCUGGAUGUGCAGCAGGAUGAGUAUCUGCCCGUGUGGAGGGACAUGGAGGAGACCCCGUUCGAGGUGGGGGUCCGAGUGCAGAUCCACAGCCAGGAGGAGCCGCCCACCAUCGACCAGCUGGGCUUCGGGGCAGCCCCCGGCUACCAGACCUUCGUGUCCUGCCAGCAACAGCGACUGAGCUUCCUGCCACCACCCUGGGGUGACUGCAGCUCCGCACCUCUGGACCCCGACUUUGAGCCGGAACCUUCUGGUCCCCUAGGUCCUCCCAGCCCCAGCCCAGGCCCCAGCCCCUAUAGUCUGAUGGGGUGUCGCCUGGCCUGUGAGGCCCGCUAUGUGGCUCGGAAGUGUGGCUGCCGAAUGAUGCAUAUGCCAGGCGGGGCGCCAGUGUGCAGCCCCCAGCAAUACAAGGACUGCGCGGACCCGGCGCUGGACGCCAUGCUGCGGAAGGACGCGUGCACCUGCCCCAACCCCUGCGCCAGCACGCGCUACGCCAAGGAGCUCUCCAUGGUGCGGAUCCCAAGCCGCGCCGCCGCCCGCUACCUGGCCCGGAAACACAACCGCAGCGAGGCCUACAUCGUAGAGAACGUGCUCGUGCUGGACAUCUUCUUUGAGGCCCUCAACUAUGAGACCGUGGAGCAGAAAAAGGCCUAUGAAGUGUCGGAACUGCUUGGCGACAUUGGGGGCCAGAUGGGGCUGUUCAUCGGGGCCAGCCUGCUCACCAUCCUUGAGAUCCUGGACUACCUCUGUGAGGUGUUCCAAGACAGGGUCCUGGGAUACUUCUGGAACCGGAAGCACUCCCAAAGGCACUCUAGCACCAAUCUGCUUCAGGAAGGGCUGGGCAGCCAUGGAACCCAAGUUCCCCACCUCUGCCUGGGCCCCAGGCCCCCCACCCCUCCCUGUGCCGUCACCAAGACUCUGUCUGCCUCCCACCGCACCUGCUACCUCGUCACACGGCUCUAGACCCGGCAUCUGUGUCUUUCGGGCUGCACCUUGACAUCUUGGAUGGGCCCAGCCUGCACAUGUCUCUGCCCUCUUCACCCCAAAUAAAGUUCUAGUGCGUCA